AUGUCAACAGCAGGGUCAUCAGGAUCAACAGGAGGAUUAGGCUUAGGAGAAUUCCCUAUGCCGCCGCAGCAGAAAGCGGGAGGGAUGGGGGCGGUGGAUUCUAUUGCAGGGGGUGGAAAUAGAUCGUUUGCUAGUUCGACUGCUGAUGGAAGUGAGAUUGGAAGCGGAAAUAGAAAAGCAAAUGCGGAUCCCGGUUUCAAGGAGUUCGGUAUUGAAAAUACUAAUAUUCAUACGGCGGCGGGGGUGAAAUUGAGUGAUAGGCAGAAGGUUCUUGUGGGUAGUGUUUUAGAUCUCUUCGCCGGCCGCCCCUCCCUCCCCAAACUCUCCCUCUGGACCGACACCGCCACCUUCUCGGACCAAAUCACCAAAGCCGAAGGACGCAAACAAUUCGCCGCUCAAUGGUACGGUUUACAAGCUGCUUUUAGUAGUAUCGAACGUAUUAGUCAUGAGGUGGUUAGUGCGGGGAAUCCGAUCGAGUUGGAUUUGUGUACUAAGUAUACGGUGAAGGGGGUGGGGUUGCAGCAGAGGAUUGAUAGUCGGGUUAGUAUUUGGGUGGAGGGGAAGAUUGUGGGGGUGAGGGAUAGUUGGGGGGGUGAGGUUCCGGGGGAGGGGGCUUUUGUUAAGGCUCUACGCAAGCUUAACAGUGUGGUAGUACCAGCUUUCGUCGGCGUUCCCAAGAACAAUCAGGAAGAUGCCAAGAAGGGUAAUCAAUAA